UGAGAGACAGGCUGUCGAAAGGCGGCGCUCCGGUUCGCUACAUGGGCAGGGACUCGCUGCCACUCAGCCACAUGAGCUCAACCGGUACACAGAGCCCGGACAGCGCACAAACUCGCUUCUAGUACCCGGGCCACUCGGCUACAUGACACCGGGCCUCUCGGGCGAUGCGAAUCUGGCGGUGAUAAAUAAAUAAAGAGGCGUCCGAUUACAGCCCGAUCGGGUAACGCUAUUCACCAGCUUGCAGCAUUCGACUGUCCUAAGCACCUGUGAAAAUGAUAAUUGUGCUGGGCCUCCAAAGCAGGUGAGGGCCCCAGUCUGAAUGUCUCAUUCUGUGACACAUACCACACCAAUUGUAAUGUGGGACGGGGGAAGAGAAGUCAGAUUAGGGGUGCACUAACUACAACAAUCCCUUUCUCCGCCGACUGGGGGUAAGUGUUAAAGAGGAUCAAAGGCCACCGGCCGCGGUCACUGAAUCACUGAGUGCUGCAGCCUGAGCCCCGGGGGAAGGAAGAUGCACACCACCCAGAAGGACACCACCUUUACCAAGAUCUUCGUCGGCGGGCUGCCCUACCACACCACGGACGCGUCGCUCCGCAAGUACUUCGAGGUGUUCGGCGACAUCGAGGAAGCGGUGGUCAUCACCGACCGGCAAACCGGGAAAUCCCGCGGCUAUGGCUUUGUGACCAUGGCUGAUCGGGCGGCGGCGGAGCGGGCAUGCAAAGAUCCCAACCCCAUCAUCGACGGCAGGAAAGCCAACGUCAACCUGGCUUACCUGGGGGCCAAACCUCGGAUCAUGCAACCAGGUUUCGCUUUCGGAGUGCAGCAGAUUCACCCUGCUUUCGUCCCCAGGCCAUAUGGGAUCCCCACUCAUUAUGUCUACCCACAGGCCUUUAUGCAACCUGGAGUCGUCAUCCCACAUGUCCAACCCGCAGCCGCCGCAACCCCUUACAUUGACUACACGGGAACUGCCUACGCGCAGUACUCCGCAGCCACAGCUGCAGCUGCCGCCGCCGCUGCUUAUGAGCAGUAUCCAUUCGCCGCCUCCCCCGCCGCUGCGGCAGCAGCCGCCGGUUAUGUCACCGCCGCCGGCUACAGCUACGCGGUGCAGCAGCCCAUGCCCAGUGCAGCUCCUGGGGCUGCUGCUGCCGCAGCCUUCAGCCAGUACCAGCCACAGCAGCUGCAGACAGACCGCCUGCAAUAACAGUGGGACAUUUAAAAAAAACUAAAAGUGCACACUACUUUUAGAAUCAGGAGAUCAACCAUAUAUUCCAGAACUCCCCAACUAGUUGCAACUACAGGACACAACAAAAUGGACAUGGGGUGGGGGAAAAUAGUAUACUAAUUUCUGAUUGCGAGGAAAAUAUUUUUGCAGCUUUUGAUUACCAGAAGCAAUUGUGCUACAUACUGUCAUAGCACAAGAAGAUGGAAUAGCAGAAAAUGCUUUUUUGUUUACGAUCAAGAAGAGCUUUUAAGAUGCAAGUCCAAAGCCUUCAACCAGCCUGCAAUGUUCAUGUAUCAACAAUGGGACAUAACGUAAUAUAAUUGUCUUGUGCAAACCAUUUCUUCAUCAGGGAAAAUGCUGCAAUACUUUCAGCAUGUAACUGCAGGAGCUGCAUGCAAUAACAUUGCGAUAUGCAAUAAUAAUAAUUUAAAAAUAAAUGAAAUGUGCACAUCAGGGGGUUAAUGAGAUACAGAGACAAUUCUACAUUAUAGUAACGACUACCAUUUCAAUUUCAAAGCACUGAAUGUCAUACUCCUUUUUUUUAACUCUGACCUAUGCAAAGUAUUUGAGAUAUUUGAAAUCUCUCUCGGGCAUCGAACAAUCAAAGCACAUGACCAUGUGGCAUGAUGGACAGGCACCGACGUUAUUUAUUUUUUUUAAAUAUAUUCUUCCCUUCUAUGCAUGAAUGGAACUCUGAGCAAGUGAUCUGGAUUUAAUGGACAGAACAGCUGUGCGAACAAUUAAUAAGGUAGACAGUUCUGGAAAUACACAUCACUUGUGCGUGUUUGAUGACCUGUCACAUUUUAAUCCCCCCCGUCCUGUUUCACUUUUCGGGAAACUUUAACUGCUGCUGUCAGCACUUCGGAUUCUGAAAUCGGAUCAGCCCCUAACAAUAACAGUCUCCUCUUUCUGUUUUAUUGCAUCUGUCCAUGGUCAUUGAUUGAAAGCAAAACAAAAAAAAAUAGUGAAUUUUAUUAGUCAUUGGUUGAAACUGUGCCUUAUAAAAAUAUUGUAAUACUAUUUUAAAAUUAUUUAUUGUAAAUGUUUUUACAAUCUGCGCACUAUAGAAGGGGACAUAAGUGCGAAACUAUAUGUAUUCAGCUCAUUGCAAUAAAUUAUUAAGUAGGUAUUAGUUUAUAAUGUUAGACCAUAUCAAUCUUCAAAAUGUUGACUUCAGUUUAUUUAAGAUAUUUCUAUGACGCACUAUUCAGUGGUAUUGUUACCUUGACAGUUGUCAAUUUUAGGAUAUUAAAUUAAUAUUUACUCAAGGGUUUUUUCGUAAUGUUAUAAGCUGUACACAGAAAGACCUCUGACUUAGGAGUUUAGAAAUGUCUAACUUUUGGAUUUAUGUUGAAAUAUUUUAAACUAUUAUUCUGCCUGGUAGAAAGUUGUAACUGCUGCUCUGUAGCCUGUUUCUAAUUCUCAAUUGCUUGCUGACUUAAAUGUUUUUAUUCUUAUAUAUGCUGCAAACAGGUGAAUAUUCUAAAUGUAGAUUUUUUUUUAUACUUGAUAAAAAAAUCUAAGAUUUUCUUACAAGGGAAAGACAACUGAGCAUUUUGAAGACCUUUAUCAUGUUGCUGGACAAGUUUAAUUAUUCAGGCAAUGGUAGCUAGGAUUCUACAAAACUUCAUCUUUGAUGCUUAAGUACUGUUGCUAUCAUGUUUCUAUAACUGUGUAAACUGCUUUAUAAUAUAUCAACAUUCACCUCUACUAAAUACAUUCAAAAUAAAAAAGGAUUAAAAACCUGAA